GUGGAUGCUGAGCUGGCCCCUGAUUGGCUGAGAGAGGGGUUUCCGUUCUUAGCACCGGCCUGCGGCUGAGGGCUGGAGUGGCUGGGUCGGAGGUUGGCCCGUGGUGCAUGCUGAGGGUAGCCUUCGUGUUGUCGCGCGCGAGCUUGGUGGCGAAGUGCCUUGGAGCGGGGCGAGCCCUCAUUAGCCGUGAUCGUGCCGGCGGGGGUGGCCAUCAGACCGGACCCCGAGCGAUCCUUAUUGGGCCUCCCGUGUGCAGCUCCGCCCCAGUUCCCGUGACAGCCAUGCCUGGCCGGGCCAAGGCCUUGCUCAGUUGCGGCCCCGAUCAGCCUGAGGACUUGGAGAGCAGCCGUGGGGCCAAAGCCGGCGCCACCCAGGAGGAGACUGAAGCGGAAGGAGGCAAUGCAGCCGCCGCUGGUGAUACAGCUGCCUCCUGCGAACCCAGCCGCAAUGUGGGAGAUCCGGAGAUUGUCAAGUCUCCCAGCGAUCCCAAGCAGUACAGGUACAUCAAACUACAAAAUGGCUUAUGUGCAUUGCUGAUUUCGGACUUGAAUAACCUGGAUGGUAGCCCUUGCAUAGUGUUCUCGGAGGGAGAGGAUGAGGAUGACUCUGAGGAAGGCACUGAUGAAGAUGACGAUUCUGGAGCAGAAAUAGAAGAUGACCAAGAGGGAUAUGAUGAUGAAUGUGGUGGAUAUGAUGAGGAUCUUGAUGACCCUGACAGUGAAUUAGAAGAGCUAGGAGAGAAAGAGGAGACAAGGAAGAGGAAUUGUACAGAGAAGCAGUCUGCAGCUGCACUUUGUAUUGCUGUUGGCAGUUUCUCUGACCCUGAAGAUCUGCCUGGGUUGGCACAUUUUCUGGAACAUAUGGUUUUUAUGGGCAGUUCAAAAUAUCCAGAUGAGAAUGGAUUUGAUGCAUUUCUGAAGAAACAUGGAGGCAGUGACAAUGCAUCAACAGACUGUGAACGGACAGUAUUCCAAUUUGAUGUACAGAGGAAAUAUUUCAAGGAAGCUCUUGAUAGGUGGGCACAGUUUUUUAUUCACCCUUUAAUGAUCCGGGAUGCAAUUGAUCGGGAAGUUGAGGCAGUGGAUAGUGAAUAUCAGCUUGCAAGGCCCUCUGAUGCAAACCGAAGAGAGAUGUUAUUUGGAAGUCUUGCCCAGUCUGGCCAUCCCAUGAAGAAGUUCUUUUGGGGCAAUGCCGACACACUGAAACAUGAGCCAAGGCAAAAUGACAUUGAUACUUACACCAGGCUGAGAGAAUUCUGGCAGCGCUAUUACUCUGCUCACUAUAUGACUUUAGUUGUUCAGUCUAAAGAAACCUUGGAUACUCUGGAAAAAUGGGUGAUUGAAAUCUUCUCAGAGAUCCCAGAUAAUUAUUUACCCAGACCAACAUUUAGCCAACUGACAGAACCUUUUGACACACCUGAUUUUCACAAACUUUACCGAGUUGUUCCAAUCAGAAAAACACACUCUUUAAAUAUCACAUGGGCUCUUCCUCCACAAGAACAACAUUACAGGGUGAAACCACUUCACUAUAUUUCAUGGCUGGUUGGACAUGAAGGCAAAGGCAGUGUUCUUUCAUUCCUUAGGAAAAAGUUCUGGGCCCUUGCAUUGUAUGGAGGAAACGGUGAGACAGGAUUUGAGCAGAACUCCACAUACUCCGUCUUCAGUAUUUGUGUGACUCUGACAGAUGAAGGUUACAAUCAUUUCUAUGAGGUUGCUCAUGUCGUAUUUCAGUAUUUGAAAAUGUUGCAGCAAACAGGACCAGAGCAAAGGAUAUGGGAAGAGAUCCAGAAGAUUGAAGCUAAUGAAUUUCAUUACCAAGAACAGACUGAUCCAGUUGAAUAUGUAGAAAGUAUUUGUGAAAAUAUGCAGCUAUUUCCAAAGGAGGACAUUCUGACAGGAGAUCAGCUUCUGUUUGAAUACAAGCCAGAGAUCAUUGCUGAUGCUCUUAACCGGCUGACACCCCAGCAUGCCAACCUUAUUCUGUUGUCCGCUGCCCAUGAAGCCCAGUGUCAUCUGAAGGAGAAGUGGUUUGGUACACAGUACAGUGUUGAAGAUAUUGAUCAACACUGGAAAGAUAUGUGGGCCAGUGACUUUAUAUUAAAUCCAGACUUGCAUCCACCUGAAGAAAACAAAUACAUUGCAACUGAUUUUGCUCUGAAGGCUCCUGACUGCCCACAGACAGAAUAUCCAGUCAGUAUACUGAGCACUCAGCAAGGUUGUUUGUGGUACAAGAAGGAUGAUAAAUUCAAAAUCCCUAAAGCUUAUAUCCGUUUCCAUCUAAUCUCGCCGCUGAUCCAGCAGUCUGCCGAGAACGUGGUGCUCUUUGAUACAUUUGUAAACAUCCUUGCUCACAACCUUGCUGAACCUGCUUAUGAAGCGGAUGUUGCUCAGUUGGAGUACAAGCUGGUAGCAGGAGAGCAUGGAUUGAUCAUUCGUGUAAAAGGAUUCAAUCACAAGCUACCUCUGCUGUUUCAACUCAUCAUUGACCACUUAGCAGACUUCAGUUUUACUCCGGAAGUUUUUGAAAUGAUAACUGAACAGCUGAAAAAGACUUACUUCAACAUCCUCAUCAAGCCAGAGACACUAGCCAAAGAUAUGCGCCUCUUAAUACUGGAACAUGGCAGGUGGUCUAUGAUGGACAAAUAUGAGACACUUAUGAAGGGCCUCUCCAUAGAUUCUCUGCUAUUGUUUGUGAAGGCUUUCAAAUCUCAGCUCUUUGCAGAAGGCCUUGUCCAAGGAAACUUCACAAGCAGUGAAUCAAAAGAAUUUCUGGAUUAUGUUGUUGAAAAACUGAGGUUCCUUCCUUUAGUACAUCCGUGUCCAGUUCAGUUCCGGGUGAUGGACUUGCCAAGUUCUCAUCUACUGUGCAAAGUGAAAACACUUAACAAAGGAGAUGCAAAUUCUGAAGUGACAGUCUACUACCAGUCUGGACCCAGGAGUUUAAGAGAAUAUUCUCUCAUGGAAUUGCUUGUGAUGUACAUGGAGGAGCCGUGUUUUGACUUCCUGCGAACAAAGCAAACUCUGGGAUACCAUGUGUACCCAACUUGCAGGAAUACAUCUGGAAUCCUUGGUUUCUCUGUUACCGUAGCAACACAGGCAACUAAAUUCAACUCUGAACUAGUGGAUAAGAAAAUAGAAGAAUUUCUUUCAUGCUUUGAAGAAAAAAUAAAACAAAUGACUGAAGAAGCUUUCAAGACACAGGUCACAGCUCUUAUUAAAUUAAAAGAAUGUGAGGAUUCUCAUCUUGGUGAAGAGGUGGAUAGGAACUGGACAGAAGUGGUGACUCAACAAUAUCUAUUUGACAGAUUAGUCCGGGAGAUUGAAGCUCUAAAAUCUCUUUCUCAGUCAGAACUAGUUGAUUGGUUUCAAGCACACAGGGGUAAAGAAAGGAAAAUGCUCAGUGUACAUGUGGUUGGAUUUGGAAUACAUGAAGGUGAUUCAGAAGCUUCUUCUCUCUCAAAUAUUCACAGUCCCUCGUGCAAUGAAAUACCUCAGCUAAUGUUCUUGGAACCUUCUUCUUUGACUGAUAUCACUUGUAUCAAGGACAUCAAAGUGUAUACAUCAUCUCUCAAUGUUCUCCCAUACCAUAAGAUAUUAAAAUAACUCAUCUCAGACUGCCAUAACGUGUAGUAAAACUUCACUACUGAACACCUUGGGGAGGUCAGCUUUACUACAAAGAAUCCAACUUAUCAUGCUUUCUGGAAAAUAUGUAGCUGAAUACCCUUCACACUGUCUUAAGUAAUCUGCUACAAGCAUGUCCGUGAAGAGGGGAGAGAGGGGGUGUGUGGACCCAGCAGCAGUUUAAUGUAUUAGGUCGUUUUGUUUGGAAUGAUAUUUUUCUUAUCCACUUAAUUCAUAUUUUUCGUAUCAUAGAUAUAAAGUUCUCCCUGUAUUUUGUGUUGGUUUAGGGGACAGAAGCGAUGAACAGUAUUCUCUACGGAGUAGUUGAUGACUUACUUAACUAAUAAAUCCGCCUGUCUGCAACCAGUUAGAGCAGCCUUUCCCAACCAGUGUGCCUCCAGAUGUUGUUGGACCACAAUUCCCAUCUUUCCUGACCAUUGGCAAUCCUGACUGAGGCUGAUGGGAGUUGUGGUCCAACAACAUCUGGAGGCACGCUGGUUGGGAAAGGCUGAGUUAGAGCAAAGAACACCCCUGGCCUCAGAAAAAAAAAAAGGUGAUACUAAAAACCACUUGCAUGAGGUAGUCUAGGAGGUGUGCUCUCAGAUACCAUGUGCAAUAAAUUAAUGAGAUCUUA